CAGCGAUCAGACUGGGCGCAGCAUCAGGGAUUCAAGGAAUUGCACGUACAUGAAUAGGCACUAGGAGGCCCGAGCAAGGCAGCAGCUAAAAAGUGUCAACCCAGAAAAGCAGUGCCUGUGGAUGGACAGUGCAGGCACCAAUGGCGUCACAGGAGCUUGUGGAUGCGAGAGACUCUGCCACUAAUAAUCUAAACCCAGGAAUGGAAGGUGGUGCCGUGCCCAGCAGCAAAAAAUCUUGUCCUGUCCACACCCCAGAUGGAGAGGAUGCAAAGAGGGGCUUUCGGAAAGGCAUAGGGAGGCAUAAUGACUAUGUGAAGAUCUCUGUGCCAGAGUCUAAGGUCAAUCGUCUGCCCAUGGAGUGGUGGAAGACAGCAGUCGCCUUCUUUUAUGCUGGUUUUAACUUGGUCCUGACCACAGUUGUCAUCACUGUCGUCCAUGAGAGAGUCCCGCCCAAAGAAAGUAGCCCGCCUCUUCCUGAUAAGUUUUUUGACUAUAUUGACAGGGUUAACUGGGCAUUUACAGUGACAGAGAUCAAUGGCAUGGUGCUGCUGGCCAUUUGGUUGAUCCAGUUGUUCUUCUUCAGAUACAAGUCAAUAGCAAGCAGACGGUUCUUCUUCCUCAUUGGCACCCUGUACUUGUAUCGCUGUGUCACUAUGUACAUCACCACCCUGCCUGUACCUGGCAUGCAUAUGACCUGUGCUCCUAAGCUCCAUGGAGAUUCUCAGGCAAAAAUCCAGAGAAUUCUGCGAUUGGUCUCAGGUGGGGGUCUGUCCAUUACAAGCUCCCAUCUCUUGUGUGGAGACUUCCUCUACAGUGGGCAUACUGUGAUGCUCACUCUCACCUACCUGUUCAUCAAGGAGUACUCACCGCGGUCAUUUUGGUGGUACCAUCUGAUGUGCUGGGUGCUGAGUGCUGUGGGCGUGGUGUGCAUCUUGGUGGCACAUGAGCACUACAGUGUAGAUGUGGUUGUGGCCUAUUUUAUCACCUCCCGUCUGUUCUGGUGGUACCAUACCAUGGCCAACUUACAGACUCUAAAAUGCUCGCCCAACAACUACCUCACCAACACCUGGUGGAACCCACUGUUCAACUUCUUGGAGAGGAAUGUCCAAACCUCAGUGCCAUGCUCUUACAGUUGGCCCAUCACCUGGCCCCCUGCCUGCCUUAAGAACCCCUGCAAGAAGUACUCCAUGGUACAGAGCACACGAGAGGAGUGACAUGACCCUGAUACCCCAGCAGUGUGGCCUGGUAAUCCGCUGAAGUCGUAUUUCUUCAUUCCAACAACAAAUGCAUAGCUAUGAAAGAAAUGUUUUUUUUCUGCAAAAAUGUGUCUAAAAGGUUAAUCAUAUUGUCUUUGUGUUUUCUUUGCCGAUGUUAUUUAUUUGCGAGAUACAGUCCUGCAAAGCUUUCAUUGAUACUUGCGUCAGCUCCUAGUGACUUUCAGACAUGAACGGACAGUUUUCUCCAAUUGAGCAUUUGCGAGACUUGAUUUUAGAUCUGCUGUAGCUCUUUCAUACAGUGUGUGUUGACGGGGUUUACCUCAAUAUGAUAUCAAUGUGCUCAAGUCACAAGGUGCCUUAGUGUGUUUAACGUCAGUAGGUGUUCCAAAACUGCCAUUACAUGUUUUGGUGUAUUUGUUGUUUUUUCUAUGAGUUUAUUAUUAUUAUUAUUAUUAUUAUUAUUAUUAUUAUUUUAGUAGACUUGAGUGUGUAUAUCCUAG